GUAAAAGCCACUUCCAAGAUAUUUGGGCACCUGCAUUAAUUCACACUCCACUCAUUUCUUCUUAUCUCCCUCAUGGAUUCACAGCGCCUGCCUUCAUCUUCCUCUCUGCAUCCCAAACUCCAUAGAAAUGCAAAAACAAGUCCAUCAUGGGCAAGAACUCAUCUAAGGAACACAAGAAUUCGCUUCAAAUCCAGGAUCAGCAGCUACUGCACUUGUUUCUGCCACCAGCCGCAAGAGCAAAGUUCACAAUUUACUAGGAAAACUUCUGCUAAAAAGACGAAGAAAAUUUUCAUACAAUUCAGAGAAGAACCUGCCAAAGUAGCCAAGAAGAAGGGAACCAUAGCUGGAGCUGUUGCUCUCGUUAUUGGCACCAGUAUUGGUUCAGGAAUACUUGCACUGCCACAGAAGGCUUCCCCUGCAGGAAUAGUUCCAGGAUCAAUUUCACUGGUGAUAUGUUGGGCAUUUCUCUUAAUUGAAGCACUUCUGCUUGUGGAAAUCAAUGUGGCUCUGCGGAAAAAGAAGGGAAAGAGGAAGGAAGACAAAGACUUAGAGGUCAUUUCUAUCAGGACCAUGGCCCAAGAGACUCUAGGAGACUGGGGUGGAACUCUUGCCACAGCCACCUAUGUUUUCUUGGGCUACACUUCCAUGAUUGCAUAUAGUUCCAAGUCUGGAGAGAUCCUUUUCCAUUUGAUCAAUCUUCCAGCCUCUGUUUCAGGCUGCUUCUUCACUGCACUCUUCACCAUGCUCAUCGCCAUCGGCGGGACACGUGCCACUGAUCAAGUGAAUCAAUGGCUUACUACUUCGAUGCUGGGUCUGCUUCUAGCAAUUGAGGUGCUAGCAGUUGUCUAUGGAGGGUGGUCGGGAUUGGGGGAAGGUGGUGAUUGGGGAAAAGUUCCAGCUGCAAUUCCUAUUAUGAUUUUUUCUUUGGUAUAUCAUGAUCUGACACCUGUACUUUGUGCUUAUUUGGGUGGUGAUCUUACACGCAUAAGGACUUCAGUUUUGCUUGGUAGUCUUGUUCCAUUGCUGGCAUUGCUUGUUUGGGAUGCAGUAGCAAUUGGACUCUCAGCCCAGGCUGACCAAGUUGUUGAUCCUGUUGAAUUGCUCAUGAGGGUAAAAUGGAGUGGGGUGUCAAUUAUGGUAGAGGCUUUCUCCCUUCUGGCGAUUGGAACGUCACUAAUUGGCACGCUCCUGGGCUUCUCUGAAUUCUUUAAGGAGCAACUUAACAACUUCUCAUGGCAGUCUCCCUCGACAAAAAAAUUACAGCAGACACCAAACAAUAUUUUGGGGCUAAGAACAUGGUGGGGAAGGAAUAAAACUAGCUUCACAGCUAUGGCAAUGGCUGUCACUCCGUCUCUUUUUGUGUCAACUACUGUCCCAGAUGCAUUCUCAGCUGCCACUGACAUUGCUGGGGGCUACUGCAUGACAAUGCUUUAUGGAGUUCUUCCACCAGCAAUGGCAUGGAUGAUGCUUAACAAAGAAGCUGAGGAUACAGAACAAAAGGCAUUUUCAAAAGCAAGGCCCGUACUCCUUGGAGUGGGACUAUUUGCAUGUGGUAUAGUGGCAGAGCAAAUUCUGCAGGAUAUCCUAUUAUUCCGCUCCUAGAGAGAUCAACUUUUGGCAAAUGGUGCAAAACCUAUCCUGCCUAAAGCACCAUUAAUUCUGCUUCCUCAAGAAAAGUAUCAAAUUCCUUGCCAAUUGUAUCCAUUCCUCAACAUUGAAUUCUAUGAAUUUAAAAAUGAUUCUCUUCUCCAUUUA